AUGUAUCUAACAGUACUUGACGGUUCAAUGGGCUAUAUGCUAGGGAAACAAGAUGAGAGUGGAAAGAAGGAACAUGCAAUCUACUACCUAAGCAAGAAAUUCACCGAUUGUGAAUCUCGAUAUUCACUCUUAGAGAAAACUUUUUGUGCUCUAAUAUGGGCUGCUUGGCGUCUGAGACAAUACAUUGUGUGUCAUAGUACUCUGAUGAUAUCCAGGAUGGACCAUAUCAAAUAUAUUUUCAAAAAUCCGACAGUAACUGGAAGAAUAGCCUGGUGGCAGAUGUUAUUGACUGAGUAUGACAUCCAAUAUGUCAUACAAAAAACUAUCAAAGGAAAUGUGUUAGCAGAUCACCUCACUCAUUAUCUAAUGGAAGAUUAUCAACCUAUACAGUUUUACUUCCCCGACGAAGAUGUUAUGGCAAUAAAGGAUUGUGAGACCCCUGGCCCAGACAAAGGACCUGAACUAGGAUCACGAUGGAAACUUAUAUUUGACGGUGCCUCAAACUCAGAAGGACAUGGAAUUAGGGUUGUCAUAACUUCUCCGACAUGUUACCAUAUCCCUUUUACAACUAGGUUAUGUUUCACAUUCACUAAUAACAUGGUAGAGUAUGAGGCAUGCAUCCUAAUUAUCGAUGAAGCCAUCGACCUAAGAAUCAAGAUCUUAGAAGUAUACAAGGAUUAUGAUCUCACUAUCAAUCAAAUAAAAGGAGAAUGA